AUGGAGGCCGAAGAGACGAUGGAAUGCCUUCAGGAGUUCCCUGAACAUCAUAAAAUGAUCCUGGACCGAUUGAAUGAACAGCGAGAGCAGGACCGGUUUACUGACAUCACCCUGAUUGUCGACGGACACCAUUUUAAGGCCCACAAGGCUGUUUUGGCUGCUUGCAGCAAGUUCUUCUAUAAAUUCUUUCAGGAGUUUACUCAGGAACCUUUGGUGGAGAUAGAAGGUGUUAGUAAAAUGGCCUUUCGUCAUUUGAUUGAGUUCACAUAUACAGCAAAGUUAAUGAUACAAGGAGAAGAAGAAGCCAAUGAUGUAUGGAAAGCAGCAGAAUUUCUACAGAUGCUAGAAGCUAUCAAAGCCCUUGAAGUCAGAAACAAAGAAAACUCAGCUCCACUAGAGGAAAAUACCACAGGGAAAAGUGAAGCAAAAAAAAGAAAGAUUGCAGAAACUUCAAAUGUUAUCACUGAGUCGUUGCCAUCUGCAGAAUCUGAACCUGUUGAAAUUGAGGUGGAGAUUGCCGAAGGCACAAUCGAAGUGGAAGAUGAAGGCAUCGAAACGUUGGAGGAAGUGGCUUCUGCCAAGCAGUCCAUAAAGUACAUUCAGAGCACAGGUUCCUCUGAUGAUUCCGCUCUGGCAUUGUUGGCAGAUAUUACCAGCAAGUACCGCCAAGGCGAUAGAAAAGGACAGAUUAAAGAUGAAGACGGCUGUGCAUCUGACCCCACAAGCAAACAGGUAGAAGGUAUUGAAAUUGUGGAACUUCAGCUGUCACAUGUGAAGGACUUGUUCCAUUGUGAGAAAUGUAACCGUUCAUUUAAAUUGUUUUACCAUUUUAAGGAACACAUGAAAUCACACUCCACUGAGAGUUUCAAGUGUGAAAUAUGCAAUAAAAGGUAUCUUCGGGAGAGCGCAUGGAAACAGCACCUCAGUUGUUACCACCUUGAAGAAGGUGGAGUCAGUAAGAAGCAGAGAACUGGGAAGAAAAUACACAUAUGUCAGUACUGUGAGAAGCAGUUUGACCACUUUGGACAUUUUAAAGAGCAUCUUCGAAAACAUACAGGUGAAAAACCUUUUGAAUGUCCAAAUUGUCAUGAACGAUUUGCUAGAAAUAGUACCCUCAAAUGUCACUUGACUGCAUGCCAGACUGGAGUGGGAGCAAAAAAGGGGAGAAAGAAGCUUUAUGAAUGUCAGGUCUGUAAUAGUGUGUUUAACAGCUGGGACCAGUUCAAAGAUCACCUGGUGAUACACACUGGAGAUAAACCCAACCAUUGUACUCUGUGUGACUUGUGGUUUAUGCAAGGAAAUGAAUUAAGGAGGCAUCUCAGUGAUACUCACAAUAUUUCAGAGCGCCUGGUAACUGAAGAAGUUCUUUCAGUAGAAACACGUGUGCAAACUGAACCUGUGACGUCAAUGACUAUUAUAGAACAGGUUGGGAAGGUGCAUGUGUUACCACUGCUCCAGGUUCAGGUGGAUUCAGCACAAGUAACUGUGGAACAGGUCCAUCCAGAUCUGCUCCAAGACAGCCAAGUGCACGAGUCACACAUGAGUGAGCUUCCAGAGCAGGUCCAGGUAAGUUAUCUAGAAGUGGGGCGAAUUCAGACUGAAGAAGGUACUGAAGUCCAUGUAGAGGAGCUGCAUGUUGGACGGGUAAAUCAGAUGCCAGUGGAAGUACAAACUGAGCUUCUAGAAGCAGACUUGGAUCAAGUGACCCCUGAAAUCAUGAACCAAGAGGAGAGAGAGCCUACCCAAGCAGAUGCUGCCGAGGCUGCUAUAGAAGAACACGAAGAUGCUGAGGAUUUAGAGACCAAAUCAACAGUGGAUUCCCAAGCUGAAAAGGCAGGAAAUGAGAACAGAACACCUGUGCCAGUUUUAGAAUGA